GAUUCAAGUCGAGCCUAGCCCGUGUUAAAUAGGGCCAAAAAGCAUUUUUUUUACUCCUUCUCCGAAUCGGCGACACAAACUUCCGGUUCCGGAAGAUUCUCCAAGCGAGUCCAGCGCUUAUCGUCAUCCCCUGCGCCGAAGGGGUGGCGCUCUCGAAUAAUAUCGAAAGCCGAAAGCUGAACUCAGUGCAUUCGAGGGCGAUAGUUCCUAGCCGCGAAUUGAUCCUACUUUUGCCUUGUGGUUGUCGACGUCGCCGGAGUUUCAAAAAGGAACAGGGAUUAUCUCACCCAGAAAGAAAAGGAGAAAAUUCCUGUGAAAUGUCCAAUUUCGAUCCCUCCUGGGCUCAGUGCGUGUGAGAGGCAACGAGAACGCGAUAAAAGAAUAUAAAUAAGCAAACGCACCCAGAUAUCUAUUUAUAAGUUUAUAGUGAGCAUAUAGGCGAGGAAUUAGUGCAAGAAGAGGAAGCGGCCAGGCGCGAGACUUGUUGGCGUGUGAAAAAAAUCGGAAGUGCAAGCUCCAAAGGCCGAAAAAAAUCCUGAAAAAAGACUUCCGGCGAUUUCGAAAUUUCCGACACCCUAGCUCAUUCAGUUCCACACCACCUUCGGCCUCGUCGUGACAGUGAGUGCGAAACAGGUGCAAUACGAACGGAUAUGACGAGCGGAUCCGCCCGGUUCACGUGAUAUUAGAAUUCUUCGCUGUCUUUAAGAUGUGCUCGCUGGGAAAGCCCCAAAGGAUAACCGGACCGUAGCAUGCGGAUCAUUUGCGGGAAGGACUUUUUUCUGACCCCGCGCCGAUCAUUGGCCGAAAAUCGGCGUCAAUCGUCGAGGAGCCGCAAGCGAUCUAGAAGAACGGAGUUCGAUACUAGCGACCGAUGAGCACGGGGGAUGGCGGCUCGGUGUUGGGCCCUUUACAAGGAGGGGCCCAGGCCACGGCCGCGGCCCCCUCCACUGCUACCACUCCUCUUCAGCAGUCCCAACAGGUCGCCCAGUCUGGAGCCGUCUCACAAACGGGCCCCGGAGCCGGAGCCGCGAGUGUGGCUGGUCAGGCCGCAGUCAAAGCUUCGGCUCCGAAACGUCCGGCUCGUCGUGGCGGCAAAGCAGCCUCCGAUAGGCCCGUCAGGGCCCUCUUCAUUCUAACUUUGAAAAACCCUCUCCGCAAAAUGUGCAUCGAUGUCGUCGAGUGGAAACCCUUCGAGUGGCUUAUUCUUAUGACGAUUUUCGCUAAUUGUGUAGCGUUAGCUGUCUACACUCCAUACCCUUUCGGUGAUUCCAAUGUGACCAACUUUUAUUUGGAAAAAAUCGAGUACAUCUUUUUAGUAAUUUUCACAGUUGAAUGUAUCAUGAAGAUCAUAGCGUAUGGAUUCGUUGCGCAUCAAGGUGCUUAUCUGCGCAACGGUUGGAAUUUGCUGGACUUUACGAUAGUCGUAAUCGGCAACAUCAGCACAAUCUUAACGAUAUUUUUGAAAGAGGGCUUUGAUGUCAAGGCGCUGAGGGCUUUUCGAGUACUUCGGCCUCUCAGGCUAGUGUCAGGUGUUCCAAGUCUCCAGGUCGUUUUGAAUUCAAUUCUGAGGGCCAUGGUACCACUGCUUCACAUCGCUCUUUUAGUACUUUUCGUUAUAAUUAUUUACGCUAUUAUAGGAUUGGAACUUUUCUCAGGAGAAAUGCAUAAAACAUGCAGAAUAAAUGGGACUGAUGAAGAGAUGGACGAUCCACAUCCAUGUGGAGUGAAAGCAGGGUUUGAUUGUGCUAAACAACUGGGCACAGAGUACUACUGCAGUGAAAAAUUUUGGGAAGGACCCAAUCAUGGUAUCACUAAUUUCGAUAACUUCGGAUUGGCCAUGUUAACGGUUUUUCAAUGCGUUACCCUCGAGGGAUGGACCGAAGUGCUGUAUGCCAUUCAAGAUGCAAUGGGAAGUGAGUGGCAGUGGAUAUAUUUCGUAUCGCUCGUUAUCCUUGGAGCUUUUUUCGUCAUGAAUCUGAUUCUCGGAGUGUUAUCUGGGUAA